AUGACAAUAAAUGCGAUCAAAGAGGUGGACCUUUCCAAAAAUAGAUUUGAUGAGACACUUCAAAUCAGGACACUAGAAAUCAGCGGUAUACAUUGCAAACCUGCAUAUUCUCGAUUUAAACUUUCCACGAAUGUAUGCUACUUAGCUUUAGAUGACUAUGAAGUGGAUAAUUACAAGGUGGAUAUUAUUUUGGUAAAAUUGAAUCUAUGUUGUUGCCAUUUCAGUUCUCCACAAGGAAUACGAUUUGGUCCUAACUCUUUGAAAAUUUUGCAUCUAUUCAAUUGUGGUUUAUCCAAUGUUAAUAUUGACCUCCCAUAUUCACUUGAAGAAGCUGAAUUCAUCACACGCGACUUUACUAAUAUUCCACCAGUUUUAGCAUAUUUGAAAAAUUUAAAGAUACUACACGUCAAAGAUGAUCAUGGUAAAUAUGGUGUCAAGCAUAGCAAUUUUGAGAUAGGGUUAGUGGGCAAUACGGUUAUAAAGCAAAAUCGAAAAAGAAUGUUGAUUGCUUCAUUGCCGGAAUCAAUCGAAUAUUUGUGGUCACAAGAGUACCACGUUCGCGAUGAUGAUGAAGGGAUCCCGCAACGGAAAGUUUUGAAUGAAUUGGUUAGCGGUUUGCUCCUAAAUUAUUAUCCAGGCACUCUAGAACAACAACUGGCAUAG